UCCUCGCCUCUCUCUCCCUCUCUUGCACAUAUAUUCGCGCUCUCGCUCUCACUUUGUAACUGAGUUUGGGAAAACUAGGAGCUGGUGGAUGAAGGGUUUAAACAAAAAAAAUCGAGAGAUUACAUCAGAGAGGUGCUUUCUUGCUUUCUGAAUCUGGACCCUAAAAAAUAGUAUCCCCCCCCCCAAAUCGGAGCUAGCCCAAGCUAACCACAUCAAAUACCAAGAUGAAUGAAAUCCAGGACCUAGCGUCACCAGCGGCUGCCCUUUCCGUGGUCCCCACAGCCUGUGUCUCCAAAGUAGAGCUCCGGGUGUCUUGCAAAGCUCUGCUGGAUCGGGACACGUUAAACAAAUCCGACCCCAGUGUGGUCCUUUUGGUGCAGGCACAGGGACAAUGGACCGAGAUUGACAGGACUGAAGUUAUCAAGAGUAACCUGCACCCUGUGUUUUCCAAAGUCUUCACACUGGACUAUUACUUUGAGGAGGUCCAGAAGCUGCGGUUUGAAGUCUAUGACAUCCACGGGCAGUGUGCCAUUGGGACCCGCGAUGACGACUUCCUGGGAGGCAUGGAGUGUACGGUCGGGCAGAUAGUGGCCCAGAAGAGAAUGACAAAGCCCCUCUUUCUGAAAUAUGGGAAAUACGCUGGGAAAUCCACUAUAACGGUUAUUGCAGAAGAAAUUUCUGGAAACAAUGGUUACGUUGAGCUUUCCUUCUGUGCAAAGAAGCUGGAUGAUAAGGAUCUCUUCAGUAAGUCGGAUCCCUUCCUAGAGAUUUACCGAAUCAAUGAAGAUGAGAGCGAGCAGCUUGUCCACAGAACUGAGGUUAUCAAAAAUAACCUGAACCCUGUCUGGGACUCCUUUAAAGUCUCGCUGAGCUCACUGUGCAGCUGCGACGAGAACAAGAAAUUGAAGUGUUUGGUGUGGGAUUACGACUCCAGGGGAAAGCAUGACUUCAUCGGAGAGUUUUACACCACUUUCGGAGAAAUGCAGAAAAUUGUGGGUGGUGACACGGUCAGCUGGGAUUGUGUAAACCCCAAGUACAAAAUCAAGAAGAGGAAUUACAAGAACUCUGGAGUGGUAAUUCUGAGCGAACUCAAACUUCACAGAGAGCACUCUUUUUUGGAUUUCAUCAUGGGGGGAUGCCAAAUACACUUCACAGUAGCUAUUGAUUUCACUGCCUCCAAUGGAGAUCCUCGUAACAGCUGCUCACUCCAUUACAUCAACCCCUACCAGCCCAAUGAGUAUCUGAAAGCCUUGGUUGCAGUGGGAGAGAUCUGCCAGGACUAUGACAGUGACAAGAGGUUUUCUGCUUUGGGCUUUGGCGCUAGAAUCCCUCCAAAUUAUGAGGUUUCUCAUGACUUUGCAAUUAAUUUCAACCCAGACGAUGAUGAAUGUGAAGAAAUCCAGGGGGUUGUGGAGGCCUACCAGAACUGCCUGCCCAAAAUCCAGCUGUACGGCCCAACCAAUGUUGCCCCCAUCAUCAGCAAGGUGGCAAAACUGGCAGCCAAGGAAGAGAAGAGCAAGGAUGCAUCUCAAUACCACAUCCUGCUGAUCCUGACGGACGGCGUUGUCACUGACAUGGCGGACACACGGGAAGCCAUCGUGCGGGCCUCCUACCAGCCCAUGUCAAUCAUCAUCGUGGGCGUGGGCAAUGCAGACUUCACAGACAUGCAGAUCCUGGACGGCGAUGACGGGGUCCUGCGUGCCCCCAAGGGAGAGCCUGUCCUCAGAGACAUUGUCCAGUUUGUCCCCUUCAGAGAAUUCAAGACGGCCUCUCCAGCAGCCCUGGCAAAGUGUGUGCUGGCAGAGGUGCCCAAACAGGUAGUGGAAUAUUACAGCCACAAGGCCUUCUCACCUAAAUGCCCAAUGAUGGAUUCGUCUAUUUCGCCUGCCAACACCCCUGAAUAAUUGAGGGAAAUACACACUAAAAAACCUUACAUGAUUAUUGGAAAACAGCUUGGGAAGGGGAUGGAGGGGAUUAGAGAUGGACAGAACUGCAUAAACUGUUUACAACUUAACAAACAGGAAACAACUGUCUACAUUCAUUCUCCAUGACACCACAUUCUGGUGCACAAAUGACCUUUUAGUGUGUGUGUUAAUGUAAUAUCACAGUCUUAUUGGUUAUCCUAACUGGGUGUGCCUGCAUAGCAUGAAGACUUCUAAAAUACUGGUCUUAAAAGCAAUCACACUUGGCAAUGAAUGUGGAAAAGCAAGUUCUGUUUUCUCUGUUCCUGAAAGACCUCAUUGCCUUGCAAGUGGACUCUUUUCUUAAAGCAGAUACCAAUUUUCUCCUACAAAGGAAUGAGGCACGGUGUGUACUGAAUUCAACUCUGAAGAUCUGGCAGAAGAAGAAUACACAGACCGAAACAUUUGAGAUUGUUAACCUCUUCAACUCCUGAAGAGUUUGUUUCUGAUUUAUCCAGUGAGCCUCCCUACAUCAGGAGGCACUGAGCUACAGGACAGCUGUCUAAUAACCUUUACAAAACUUUGUGUGGAAGGUACAUGCAUGAGUCUGUAGGCUGAUGUUAUUUCAUUAAUAUCUGGGUAAAAAAUGGUUAGAGGUUAUUGGAGUUCUCUUACUGGCUGUAUCAGUGGUAUAUUCUGAUAUGUUUAAAUGUAAUUCUAUAUAAUUUAAUGCUGUAUACAUGCCAUAUUUACCCCAUCUUUGUAAAUAUUAACAAUCCAACACAAUACACAUUUUGAGAAUAUAAUAGUCCUCUACCGUAGGUUUCCGUCCUCUAUAUCAAAUAAAUUGUUUGUAUCAUUUAUUAUUUUUUAAGUAUAUAUUUAUUUAUUUAUAGCUACUCAGAAAAAAAGGCAGCUCAAAGACAGCGCACAUCUAAUUAUCAGCAUUACAUCCAUUUACAUAAUGUAUCUGAAAGCUAGUUUCAAAAGAAACAUUUUUUCAUACGUACUAUGAGAAACUAUGUUAAUGAAGACAGCCGCAAUAUACUAAUUUAAAUAUUUGUUGCAUCUUCUUUGCGAGAUCUCUAGUGUUAUACAUUGCGAGAGUCGUGCGACAUUGUUCAAAUAAAUAGCGGGAGAUGAGUUGUGGUUUGCUGCAGGAGAGGGUGCCUGAAGCCGGAUAACGUCUACAUGCAAGGGUGCUAGAAUCAAAAUAACAUUGUUUUAGUUAAAUGUAAACGUCAUCCGAACAAUGCAUUCUGUUCCGUCUUCAUUUUACCUAUUUUAAUACUAAAAAUAAAAAAAUGAAAGGCAGUUUAAUCCCAUCCGAAUCUAUAGUGGGGACCCCACCUUCACCCCCAAAUAAAAAAUGUGUUUCUAUCAAAAAUCUUUUUAUAACUAUACAGUAGACCCCUGCUAAACCAGAUAUGUUUGUUCGACAUUAAGAGGUGUCGGGUUUAAAAAAAACACAAUAAAAUCACACACGCAUACAUUUAUAGUGCUCAAUGUAUAUUAAAUGUAAGACAAUUAUCACUGCACGGUCUGUGAUCUUGUUCAGCCAAUCACAGCACUUAAUUUAUCCAAGCCAUUUUAUAAACUACAAUAGUAAAAUCAAAUGAACAACACCUAGCGCACAUAAUUCAGAGCCUGUAUUGGUAUUGCAUAUUGUUUAAUAUGAUAUAGAGUACAAACAGGUGAUUUUAAUGUGCAAUUACACUGCUAAAGUCUCUGUACAUAUUUGCUCUAUAGCACAUCAAAUAACAUGUUGAGUAAACAGAUUCAACAGCAAAGUAAUUCAAUGUGAUGUUGGCACAGAAUGCAAUUUGCUAGAAUGUCAAGGACAUUGCACAUAUUUUUUUCUUUUAAAACGUACAAGAAGCCCUUCAGCAGUGUGGUACAUAAGCACUUUGCUGUUGAAUACCAGGUUUUAGUAAAAAGCAAAAUUAAAUUUCUGUGCUUAUGUGCAGCUUUUUUACCUCUGCAGUGCGGAGGUGGCAGUAAUUGCUUUAGAAGUUCCUGCUUGCGGACGUCAAUGCUUUUAAAGUGGGGUGCUUGUGUGUGGCUUUCCAGCUGAACUCUCCGAGGUGCUAAUGCAGCAGUGGGCUCUGAAUCACGCAGCACCUCACAUUCCCUGUGCCCACUCCAGCCAGUCAUGAGCAGACCCACCACUUGACCGCUGCGGUGAGUACAGUUGAAAUUACAGUUCCCUUCAGGCGUGAUUCUUUACAAAUGUGAAAUCAGCUUUGGAGGCACUACACACAAAAAUGGUCCCUCCAUGUGUUUGUUUUUGUGUAGGUGUUCGGGUUCUGUUCUAAACAAAAUGUAAUAGUCACAGCAAUUCCAGUUACGUGUUCGCCUAAAGGUGAUUCAUUAUACCACUUCAAGGUAGUGCAUGGUUUGUACUUGGAUGGGCACUGGAGGAAGACCAAGCCUGCAGUGAAUAUUGUGGUUUUGGUGGCUCAUUAACAGGCAGUUUUCCUCUAAUCUAAAGCUCAACCAGUGCCCCAGUGUGUUUGUAUUUAGUAGAGGAAAGGGGGCAUCUUUUGGUUGAGAUCUUAAAGCAUGGUCCUGUCUAGCACGUGGACCAUGGCACUCGUCUGAAGAGCAGCUGCUCAUUAAAACUCUUCACCUGCCCCAGGUUACCUCUGUAAAUACAAAUACAUUGGUUCUGAGUAAAAAAGACUGUGAUUGAUUAGCGUUCUUCCAUCACUGCCCCUCUUCCUAAUUCCUCCAAUUCUUCUGGUAAACCUUAUCUAUGUUUUUAAGGGGGUCACUCUCUCCUUUGUGCUGUAUAGAGGUGGUUAUAUUUCCAAUGAACACAUUUAAUUAGACUUUAGUUAAACGAAGUUACAUGCAGUUCAACUCAUCUUUAUUCUGGGUUACAUUUUUUAUUUAACAAAACAAUGUUAUACACUAAACAAGAUAUCCAACUUUGCCAAAAGGUACUGAACUGUGUAGUGGUUUUGUGAUAUAUGGGGCACUGUUCACCAAGAACUGGGAGCCAAACUUCUUUAAUGCCUCCAAGAAUGAAAUGUCAGCACAUCCUUCUUAUACACUGUAUUGUCAGACUAAAACUCCAGAAUUAAAUUUAAACACAUUUCAGAAAUACAUCUGUAUGCCAGCUAAAGUAUGUGAAGGGGUUUAAAAAGUUUACUGCUGUAUGGUACAGAUAAAACUACUUUAUUGCAUGCCAAGUUACCUGUGAUUUGAUAUGUGUUGUCCAUUCUUUUCAGUAUUAUAUGCUGAGGAUAUGAGCCUUGCAUGCAAAUUCUAUUAUUAUUAUUAUUAUUAUUAUUGUAACAUGUUAACUACUUGGCAUUUUGGUAAACCAUGUUUAAAAAACUGUUGGCAGUGUUGUAUUUGUGUAUGGAUAUAAAUUCUAAUGUAAAUUUUAUGUUUUUAAAAACAAAACCUCAUUAAAUAUUUGGUAUUUAUUGCCA